AUGAUAUCGUUGAAUCAGGUUCGCAGAGAUCAAUCUUUUAUACGGGGAGAGAGUAUCGAUUCUUUCUCUGAUCUUCAUUCAAGCUUUUCUAGAGUUACAUCAUCUUCCCUUAAUGAUAUAGACAAUAUCCCAUUUAAAAUUACUUUCAAAAUAGUGGUACUCUUUUCAGCAGCUACAGUAGGUGGCCUUUUAUUUGGUUAUGAUACUGGUGUGAUAUCCGGUGUCCUUCUCUCUUUAGAACCUUCUGAUAUUGCUGUACCUGUACUUACAAAUUUUGAUAAGGAAUUAAUUACUUCAAUCACAAGUAUUGGUUCAUUCAUAGGUUCGAUAUUGGGUUUCCCAUUGGCUGAUAAAUAUGGACGGAAGACAACUCUAGCGGUUUGUUCUGUAGGAUUUAUCAUAUCUGCCGUUUGGCUAGCAUUAUCUAUGAGUUUAACGAUAUUGAUUCUUGGUAGAUUUCUCGUAGGUAUAGCUGUAGGGAUUGCUGCUCAAUGUGUACCAAUUUAUUUAAGUGAAAUAUCACCAACUAGAAUUAGAGGGACAAUAUUAGCGUUAAAUUCUAUUGCAAUUACAAGUGGCCAAUUGAUUGCGUAUAUUGUUUCUUACCUUAUAUCAGACUUCAGUCAAUCGUGGAGGUUUCUGUUUGGAUUCUCAGCAAUACCUGCUAUUUUAUUUAUACUACUGUUAGAUUUUAUUCCAGAAUCUCCUCGUUGGUUAAUAGGUGAAGGAAAAAUAACAGAAGCUCACAAGUCAUUGUUAACAAUUUAUUCAACGUCAUCAAAUUAUUUGAUUUUGAUUAAGUUAAGAAAAAUUAUUAUAGAUAUUAUUAAUUAUCAAGAAGAAAUUCAAUCAGUGCAAGAAUACACUCCAUUAUUGCAAUCUAACAGAAGUGAUGCGACUGAUAAUGCUGAAAAUAGUGGUAAUAAUGAUUUAUUAGAAGAUGAUACUUCCAAUCUUGUUGAUUCCUCUCCAGAGGAUCUAUAUGAUACCAGUUUGAGUACCAUUAAGGACAGGUUAACAAUGAACAAGCAAAACCAAAUAAAUGGGAAAAUAAAUUUGACACCAGGUUCAAAAAGAGCCCUAAUUGUCGGCUGCAUAUUGAUGUUUUUUCAACAAGUUUCUGGUUUCAACGUUUUUAUGUACUAUGCAGGUAUUAUAUUUGCAAAACUAGGUGUCAAAAAUCCAUUGCUACCAAUAAUAUCGAUUGCUCUGACUAAUUUUAUAUUCACAAUUGUAGCAAUGCAGCUGGUAGAUCGAAUUGGGCGCAGAACGAUGCUUUUAUUUACCAUUCCAAUAAUGACACUAGGCCUUAUAUUUUGCAGCGCUAAUUUUGAGAGUGACAAUACAAGAUUGAUACUUCUUUCAACAGUGGCAUUUGUCGCCGCUUACUCUUCAGCUAUGGGGACAAUUCCUUGGAAUAGCGUAGAAUUUUUACCAUUAAAUGUACGCUCAUAUGGAGCUGCUUGUAUUUCAUGUACGAAUUGGUUGACUAACAGUCUGGUUUCCAUGUCAUCAUUAUCGUUAAUGAACAAAAUAGGUAAUAAAAAUACAUUUUUAAUAUUUUCAUCUUUCACAGUAUUGAAUUGGGUAUUUGUGUUUUAUUGCUAUCCAGAAGUAAAAGGCCUAACACUCGAAGAAAUUUAUGAAAUAUUUCAAAACGGAAUUGACGUCAACUAUGUACAUAGAAAAUACAAUUUAUAG